AUUCCUUGAUCAAUGCUGAUGUCAUAUACGACAUUCUAUUCGCUUGAGUUUAUUUCCCGUCGCUCUUUCACUCUGUUUCUUUCUUUUUCUAUUUUUCUCUGUCGCGAAUAUGAACUUUCAAAUCCCUGACGUCUGGGAAGUCAAGGUAAAUUCUCGGUAAAAAAAAUAAGAUAAAUAGUCAUGGUGGUUUAGAAAUAAAGACUCAUGUUUGUAUAUAGGAUGUCGUGAAUAAACUUAAAAAUGUGGUAUUAAACUAUACUGAAAUGGAAGCCAAGGUGCAUGAAGCAACCAACAAUGAACCUUGGGGAGCCUCAAGUACUCUAUUACAAGAAAUAGCCCAAGGCACUUACAAUUAUCAAUAUUUUAAUGAAAUCAUGCCUACCAUUUAUCGUCGCUUUACUGAAAAAGAAUCGAAACAAUGGAGACAAAUCUACAAGGCAUUAGUACUUUUAGAAUAUCUCAUCAAGAAUGGUUCAGAGCGAGUCAUUGAUGAUGCUAGAGCGCAUAUUUCUAUGAUCAAAAUUAUGCGUAAUUUCUUUUAUGUAGACGAUAAAGGAAAAGAUGAAGGACUGAAUGUGCGUAACAGAGCGAAAGAAGUUGUAGAAUUGUUGGGUAGUACAGACCGUAUUCGAGAAGAACGUAAACUAGCCAAAAAGAACAGAACCAAAUACAUUGGUGUAGGUUCUGAUUCGUUAGGCACACCUAUGGGUGCUACUCAUGGUGGUGGUCUAUCUAGAUAUGUUGGAUUUGGAAGUGAUGGUUUUGGUAGUAAUCAGGGCCGUGGUAUUAGCUUCAAUGGUGAUUCACUCACUUUUGAGAGUGAAGGCAUUACACCUUAUCCUCAUCAGACAAACAUUGGUAAAUACGAUAUUGAUGAUGAAGAAGAAGAUUUUGAACCUAGUACAAGCAAGAACAACACUACAACCAAUGACGAUGAUGAUUGGGGUGAUUUUGAGUGUGGGGGAGUGGCAGAACAACAACAACAACAACAACAACAACCAAAGAACACAAAGGAUGUAUUGGAUGAUGAUUUUGAUGAUUUCCAAUUUGCUACACCUGCUCAAGAACCGUCUUUAAGCAACAAACAGCCUGAUUUGUUUGAUUUGUUAGGGGAAGAGUCUACUACUCCUACGCAUCAAUUGGCUGCUUUUGAAGCAAAGCAACCCAUAACACCUGCUUCUCCUGGUUACCACCAGCCAGAGAAACCAAAAGAAGUUGAGCCUGCUCCUGCACCUGUUACAGCAGGCAUAUGGGCACAAGCAUCUGGUUUUGUAUCAUUGGAUUCUCUAGGUAAAAAACCUAAUCAAACCGCUACUACAACCGGUCCUUCUAUGAACACUUUAAAGAGCACCAGUGUACAAGCUGAUUGGAAUAACUGGGCUUCCAAAAACCCACAAUCGCAACCACAAACCCCAAAGAAAACCACUGCUUUUGAUGAUCUUUUAUCUUUGUAAUCAUAAAUAAUAAAUACCUUAUCAUGGGUGAUUAUAGCCGGUA